AGGAACCAGAGAAUUUGCUAUAAAUAUUUAUUUCUUUUGGUUACCAGAAAGUCGUGGUUGGAGAUGCCUCGGAAACUGCUCUUUUGAAAUUCUCAGAGGUCAUUUUGGGUGAUGUGAUGGAAAUUAGAAAAAGAAACCGCAAAGUAGCUGAAAUCCCUUUUAACUCUACGAACAAAUUUCAGCUCUCCAUACAUGAGACAGAGGACCCCAACGACAAGCGCUUCCUCAUGGUGAUGAAAGGGGCUCCCGAGAGGAUCUUGGAGAAGUGCAGCACUAUAAUGAUCAAUGGUCAGGAGCAGCCACUGGACAAAAGCACCGCUGCGGAAUUCCAUACAGCCUACAUGGAGCUGGGUGGGCUGGGCGAGCGUGUGUUGGGUUUCUGUCAUCUCUACCUGCCAGCAGACAAGUUUCCAGAGACCUACUCCUUUGAUAUAGACACCAUUAACUUUCCUACCUCCAACCUCUGUUUUGUGGGGCUCUUGUCGAUGAUAGAUCCCCCUCGGUCUACUGUGCCAGAUGCAGUUACCAAAUGCCGGAGUGCAGGGAUCAAGGUUAUUAUGGUUACAGGUGAUCAUCCCAUCACAGCCAAAGCUAUUGCCAAGAGUGUAGGGAUUAUUUCAGCCAACAGUGAAACAGUGGAAGACAUUGCAAAACGCCUCAACAUUGCUGUGGAGCAAGUUGACAAACGGGAUGCUAAAGCUGCUGUGGUGACUGGCAUGGAGCUGAAGGAUAUGAGCCCAGAACAGCUGGAUGAGCUCUUAGCCAACUACCCAGAAAUUGUCUUUGCCCGAACAUCCCCUCAACAGAAGCUGAUCAUUGUGGAGGGUUGUCAGAGGCAGGAUGCAGUUGUUGCUGUGACAGGAGAUGGAGUAAAUGAUUCUCCAGCUCUAAAGAAAGCAGACAUUGGGAUUGCCAUGGGGAUAGCAGGUUCUGAUGCUGCCAAAAAUGCAGCCGACAUGGUCUUGCUGGAUGACAACUUUGCAUCUAUAGUCACAGGAGUGGAGGAAGGCCGCCUGAUUUUUGACAACCUAAAGAAGACUAUUGCGUAUACCCUGACCAAGAACAUUGCUGAACUUUGCCCCUUUUUGAUCUACAUCAUUGUUGGGCUCCCUCUUCCCAUUGGCACCAUCACCAUCCUGUUCAUUGACCUGGGCACAGACAUUAUCCCCUCCAUUGCCUUGGCAUAUGAGAAAGCUGAAAGUGACAUUAUGAACAGGAAGCCUCGCCACAAGAAGAAAGACAGAUUGGUAAACGAGCAACUUGCCAUCUACUCUUACCUGCACAUUGGUCUCAUGCAAGCCCUGGGAGCUUUCCUUGUAUAUUUCACUGUCUAUGCACAAGAAGGCUUUUGGCCCACCUCUCUCAUUAACCUACGGGUAGAAUGGGAAAAAGAUGAUAUGAAUGAUUUAGAAGACAGCUAUGGACAGGAAUGGACAAGGUACCAGAGGAAAUACUUAGAGUGGACAGGAUACACAGCCUUCUUUGUUGGCAUCAUGAUCCAGCAAAUAGCAGAUCUGAUCAUCAGGAAAACUCGGAGAAAUUCUAUCUUCCAACAGGGGCUCUUCAGAAAUAAAGUCAUCUGGGUGGGAAUCGCCUCACAGAUCAUCAUCGCACUGAUCCUAUCCUAUGGCCUUGGGAGCGUCACAGCCCUGAGUUUUACUAUGCUUAGGCCUCAGUAUUGGUUCGUGGCUAUACCACAUGCCAUCUUGAUUUGGGUGUAUGAUGAAGUGCGAAAACUCUUCAUCAGGCUCUACCCUGGAAGCUGGUGGGAUAAGAAUAUGUACUAUUAAGACCACAUCACUCUCCACGUUUCCCAGUAGCAUAUUGGGAAUAUUCUUCAUCUUCUGGCUACUCACUGGGAGAUCUCUUGCGGUACAGACAUCAUCAAAUCUCAAGAGAGACUUUCAUAUAGAAAACUAUGUGAAACAUACUCAUGUUUUGUACUUUAAAAAUCUGAUUCAACUGUUUAUAUAGAAUUUUCAUCUCUAUCUCAAUCUCCUUAAUUUAAAAUAUAUGAACUUUUAGGUAGUGGUAUAAGGAAAAAACAUGUUUAUAUGUAUAUAAAGUUCCCUGUUAAAUAGUCUAGUGUAACCCGGUAUCUGCUGGGGUCUGCCUUAAACCAGGAUAGGAUUAUUCAAACCUCACUCACUCACCCUAUAAAGGCACAAUGACACCCCCUUCCGAGAUUUCUGUGAAUUCUACCAAGAACAUAUGCUCAUGGUCACCAUGCUCGUAAAAGGCUGACUUAGCUGAAUGUUUGUGGGAGGUCAAAGUGGUGGCAGGCAUACAUCACAGCAGCACAGAUGACCUGUUUUGACUCUGAGAUCUCCUUCAGUUUGUGACAGUUUCCCUGGCCUUGUCACCCUAUCCUGCCUCCUGUCACCUUCUCAGCCCUUUCAUGUCCCACCCAGAACCCUCUUUAUCAUCUCCUCCAAACCAAAGCUCCAAGUCCAUUUUGUAUAUCCUAACUCAGAAUUCUCAACUCAUCAAAGGGAACUUUAUUUACCAGGAUUAAACCUCAGCAGAGACCACUGUGGAUUAAAUAGUAAUAUUUAUUUCUUAAAAAACAGCCUCCAAACUCUCUGGCAAUGAUUUUAUGUCAGUCAUGUUUUGGUUGUAAUUUAGAUAUAUUCAUGUGUGACUCACAUCAUGUUAACAGGUCUGAAGAGGCCUUAUUUUUUUAGUAAAAAAAUGUUUUCUAAAACUA